GUGAUAGAUUGUUUUGAAGGACUUUAUAGAGGAUUCUCCAGGCAAGACGGUAUUGAUGGAGAAAGAUGACUCACUACCUAAAGUAUCUAAAAAUGUAGACUAUGUAAUGGAUGUUGAGAAGAUCACAUGCAGUGUAAAUGAACGGUCAAGAGACUCUUUGGAUAGCCUUGUGCUGAAAAGCUCUUCCACAACUCCGGCUGAUAUGGAUGUUCUUGGAAGCAAGCAGCACACAGAUGUAGAUUGGCAUCUUGAUGAAAACCAUAAUCUUUAUAAUUCUCAAGGAAAAGCUGAAACAGCCCAGAUUUCUGAUGAUUCUAUGGAUAAAGAUGAUAUGCACUCAUGCAAGACUGUCCUAUCCAUGGAAGGGAUAGAGUCACUGCUUCAAGAAUCAUCCCUGAGUUCUCCAAGUCCCUCUUCUUCAGGUAUUCAUUGUGCAUUAUCAAAUGAUACUAUACAAGUUAAAAGUUGCUUGAAUGAGGAGAAAUCUGUCUAUCAUGAAUAUUAUGACCGAAAGAGAAGCAGGAGAAGUCCCGUUUCAAGGAACCUGGAACAUUAUAGUAAAGAGUAUGAUCGUUCAAGGAACCUGGAACAUUAUAGUAAAAAGUAUGAUCGAUCUUCUCCCGUUUCAAGGAACCUGGAACAUUAUAGUAAAGAGUAUGAUCGAUCUUCUCCCGUUUCAAGGAACCUGGAACAUUAUAGUAAAGAGUAUGAUCGAUCUUCUCCCGUUUCAAGGAACCUGGAGCAUUAUAGUAAAGAGCACGGUCGAUCUUCUGAAAGGAAGAUUGUCAAUACUAGACGGGAUACGAGAGCAUACAGGCCUGAUUGUUAUGAUAGAGAAGAAGAAGAUGCAAUACACCACAAAAGAUACGACCAUUUUAAUAGUAACAAUGAAAAGGCUUUUUGUUGGAAAGUUCAACAAGAUAUCAGAAACGAUGAAGAGCAGAAACGAUGA